GCGCAGGUGGAGAUAAUAUACCUGAACCGAUAUAUAAUGACUCCAUUGACUGGGAGUUUAGCGCUGAUAUGUCAUUUCUCCCACACGUAUCCCAGAAGAGAAGAACCUGUACUUUACCGGACUUUAGGGAGGAAACUCCCACCUGCACUUUCGAAAGCGAGAGCAUCUGCAGUUCCAAUAACAACAACAAUAGCAACGGGGCCUAUGAUUAUAUUUCAACGCCCAAGCGUAAUCGCACAUCUCUUGAUAAACAGAAUACGGAGAUUAGGAAUAAAUUGGAUAGUCUCCUCCAAGCACAAACGAAGUUAAUUCAAGCUCGCGAGGUCGCUGCAUCCGAGGCUCCGUUUCAAAAUGCUUUGAAGGGGAUAGACUACUUUCUUCAGCAAUGGCCAAAGGAAAUUGCAGACGCGGCCUGUGUCGAGUUUACAAAGGUUUUGUGUCAAAAGGUUGCCAUACAUAAGCUAAAUAAUUCGUAA